CAUGGUCACCUCUAGCUGCAAAAAAAAUCCGGAAGUAAGUAGUUUAGAUGGGCACAUUGGCUUACAAAAUAUGGGUAAUAUUAGUAAGGAAGAAAAAUAAAAUAAUACAGGAAGAAAACUGUAGCCUGUGAGCCAAAGCUGGCUCACUAUUUGUUUUUAUAAAUAAAGUUUUAUUGAAAUGCAGUUGUGCCCAUUUGUUUACAAUACUAAAAUUGCUGAGUGUUUACUAAUACUAAAACUGAAUAUUUACUCAAUACUCAGUGUUGAGUCAUGUUAAGAGAGUAUCUGGUAUCCAGAGUUUAAAAUGCUUGCUCUCUGAUCCUUUACAGAAAAGCUUGCAAACGCUCCUGGAGUAGAACAGUAGUGGUAUCUGACACAAUUACCAGCAAAAGGCAGACUUCUCCCGGCCCCAUUAUAACUCUUACAAUAAACCCCCACAUUUUAUGCCCCUUUGAAGCUGGUUCAUUCGAGGCAAUGCACAGACUAAGUCCAGCCUUGAGUUGGGAGCUGCAUCGAACAGUGGGGACCAUGAUACGCUGAAGCUUUGGGGACAGAGAGUUCACCCCAAUGAUCCCAAGACACAUGGACUGAUACAUGACAGGUCAAUGGUCCAUUGGUGUGUGUGUGUGUGUGUGUGUGUGUGUGUGUGUGUGUGUGUGUGUGUGCCCCAAGCUGUGAUUAAAGACAUGCACAGUGCUCAGUGUCUUCUGUGCGAACUGAGAACCCGGACUCACACCUUCAUGCUUGCAGAGGAAGCACCCUUCCCCACUGAGCCACCUUUCUAGCCCUGUUGCUUUUGUUUUUGAGACAAGUUCUCACUAUGUAGCCCAGGCUGGCUUCAGACUGACCAUUCUCCUGCCUAAACCUGCCUAACACUGGAACUACAGCCAUGGCCACCUACACAGGCAUCUUCACAUUUCUGUUUCCUGGUUGAGUUCAUUGACUUUGCACUCACCAAGGAUGAACCGGUUGGUGUUUAAUUACAGGGCCAAUUGCACCGAAUACCACAUAAUCAAAUCACAACGUCAAGGAAGCAAACAAACAUAAUCUCAAAACAGACCAGUUUUUCUUGAAGACCAAUGCCAGCUUGCCUGACUCAGAAUAGUCCUCUCAAAAAAAGGCAAAUGGUUGAUAGCCAAUUUCUUCCAAUUGUUCAAUCCCCUGCAGUUGUGCUGGUGACUGCGUGUAAGCUCCCGAGAAAGGCCAGUGAGGGGACACUCAUGAGCAGGGAAAGAGCUCCCUGGCUGACACUCAAAAAUUCAACAUAAUUAUCUAGGUCACCUGUAACAAGCUCCUUUCUGGAAAAUGCUACCAAUGAGAUUGGUAAGAUGAACAAAUUAUGCCCAUAGUCCAACUUCCUGUGACCUGAGCAUAAGAGUCCUGAGCAAUGUUUUCUGUGAGUGCUCCCUUCCCCAGCUGCAGGCCUGACAAUUGUACCUUAAAAAGCCUCCCCUGAAACAAAAACAAAAACAAACAACAACAACAACAAAAGCCUCCCCUGAAGGGCAGAAUUCUGUUCUCACAAAUACUUCCCCUAAUACCCUUACUUAGUUACAAUAAAUCACAUGCAGGCCCUGGUGAGGCACACAGGGCUGCCCCUCUGCUCCCAUGGACAGUUUCUUCUGAGACACUGCAGGAAGACCUCCCUCUUCCUGAAGUAGCACUUGUCUCUUCAGGCUGGACAGAGGCCACCUGUACCACUCUAUGCCAACGUAGAGAGGAGCUGUCCAUAAAAACCAGCACAUCUAUAGCUAAAUGUGUUUCAAGUUUAUAUUUUGACAAGCAGUACUGAUCCCCCACCCCUUUCCCCCUGCUGUACUGGGAAUUGAACCCAGGACCUUGUGUAUGCCAGGCAAGCACUCUAACACUGAACUACAGCCACAACCUUUUAUCAGUGUCUCUCUGUGUGUACACACACCCACUUUUUAUUUUGACAUAAGGUCUCACUAAGUUGCCCAGGCUGCCCUUUAAUUUUCUCUGUAGCCCCUGAACUUUUGAUCUUCCUACCUCAGCUGGGAUUACAGGCCCUUUAUCAUAGUAUUUGAAAUAUUUUAAACAUGACAUCUUUAUGGUCAACCACACAAGCAGUAAGACUGGAACCCACUGCUUUAGCUAGUUCCACAAUGAAGCCAGCUUGGCUUGGGACAAACUUGCCCACCCAACAUUGGUGCUAGGAAGAAGGCACAGACAAGUCAGUCCUCCCAGCUCGGGAGUAAAAGACCUGGAGCUGGUGGCCCACUCAAGCCAGGUACGCGGGACCGGGAGGGGUACCCUCCUCCGGUAGUGGCAGCAUUCAGCGAUUCCCCCACCCACGCCCUUCUGGAAGCAUCAGCUUGGACACGCAGAGCCAGGAAUGCAGCUUUGUCAAGGGACGCGCCAGCGACGGUAACAGGACGGAGGAGUCCCAGGAGGGUUGGGGCGGAAAGUGGGAGACAGGGUUGUUCUUAGAUAGAGGUAAGGGGCCUUCUGGCUGGGCUCCCGGGGUCACCGCCCCACCUCGCCCCGGAGCCCGACGUGGCGCGCGCGCUGGGGACAGCAAGCAGGAAGUUGUACUGGGGGCGCGGCUUGGGCAGCAUUGCAGGUACACCCGAGGGCACCGCGGGGGUGAGCGCCAGGUCCCUGCACCAGUCAGGAGCGCUAGGGCACCGGAGCCAAGUCCGGCGGACGGACAGACGGGCCCCUCUGAAGCGGUCCAGGAUCCUGCGCAUGGCGCUGACUGGAGUCUCCGUUGCCUCCGAGGAGGCCGAUGCAGACAGCAGGAACAAGCCGUUUCUGCUGCGGGCGCUGCAGAUCGCACUGGUGGUCUCUCUCUACUGGGUCACCUCCAUCUCCAUGGUAUUCCUCAACAAGUACCUGCUGGACAGCCCCUCCCUGCAGCUGGACACCCCAAUCUUCGUCACCUUCUACCAGUGCCUGGUGACCUCGCUGCUGUGCAAAGGCCUCAGCACCCUGGCCACCUGCUGCCCCGGCACCGUUGACUUCCCUACUCUGCACCUGGACCUCAAGGUCGCCCGCAGUGUGCUGCCACUGUCGGUGGUCUUCAUCGGCAUGAUAAGCUUCAAUAACCUCUGCCUCAAGUACGUGGGGGUGGCCUUCUACAACGUGGGGCGCUCGCUCACCACCGUGUUCAACGUGCUUCUGUCCUACCUGCUGCUCAAACAGACCACUUCCUUCUAUGCCCUGCUCACAUGCGGCAUCAUCAUUGGUGGUUUCUGGCUGGGUAUAGACCAAGAGGGAGCUGAGGGCACCCUGUCCCUGGUGGGCACCGUCUUCGGGGUGCUGGCCAGCCUCUGCGUUUCCCUCAAUGCCAUCUAUACCAAGAAGGUGCUGCCGGCGGUAGACAACAGUAUCUGGCGCCUAACCUUCUAUAACAACGUCAAUGCCUGUGUGCUCUUCUUGCCCCUGAUGGUACUGCUGGGCGAGCUCCGUGCCCUCCUUGACUUUGCUCACCUGGACAGUGCCCACUUCUGGGUCAUGAUGACGCUGGGUGGCCUGUUCGGCUUUGCCAUCGGCUAUGUGACGGGGCUGCAGAUCAAAUUCACCAGUCCCCUGACCCACAAUGUGUCAGGCACAGCCAAGGCCUGUGCGCAGACAGUACUGGCUGUGCUCUACUAUGAGGAGACUAAGAGCUUCCUGUGGUGGACAAGCAACCUGAUGGUGCUGGGUGGCUCCUCCGCCUACACCUGGGUCAGGGGCUGGGAGAUGCAGAAGACCCAGGAGGACCCCAGCUCCAAAGAGAGCGAGAAGAGUGCCGUUGGGGUGUGAGCUCCUUCAGAGACCCAGCACUGAAGGCUUCCCGUAGAGCCAGCUGGUGUGGCCCUGAGCAAUAUUGUUUACAUCCUCCUUGGAGUAUAGUCUAAGAGGAGCCAGGGUCUUUCCUGGGAAUGUCAGAAAGCUGCCAAAUCUCCUGUCCGCCCCAACCUGUCUUGGGAAAACUCUCCUGGGAGUGGCACCCCUUCCUGCCUCCUCUUGGGGCCUGUCUACCUCCAUGUCGUCUCUGGGGUUGGGGCCAGCUGCAGCCUUAAAGGGCUGGAUUGAUCACAAGGGAGAUGGGUUGUGACUCCACUAUGGCUAGCUGAAGGGAGUUGGGUGACUCCACAUCUCUGGGACCCAGGGCAGGUAGAGUAACCAGGUGCUAUUAACAUCAGGAACACCCCAGCCUGCCUUUGGAGGGAGGUGGGAGCUUGGCCAAGGGAGGAAAUGGCCACUCUGCCCUCUUCUGUGUGAAUGGGUAUGGCAGACCCAUUCAUGGGAGCUGCAGCCAGGAGUGGCUGAUGAAAAAACAUUCACCUCUGCACUCCAUAUUUGCAGCUUUAGAACGGGGGAGCCACACAUCUUUUACAGGUUAAGUAGGGUGAUGAACCCCUCCGCAGCCCCUAACCCCAGCUUUACUGCCUGGCUUCUCUUGGCCCAGAGGGGCCACCAUCCCUUUCUCCAGCACUUGGCCCAGCUACCUAGCUGUGCUCCGUUUCUGGACUCUCUUCUCCAUCAUCGGCCUCCCCCAACACCUCCAUCUGCAGGUAGGUAGUGGGGUCCACUCUUAGCCUCUGUUCCCUUGUGCUUGGACCCCCGAGCCCCUCGUGACAGUAAGAGACGUUUUGUGUUCUCUGAGACUGGGGCUAAAGGAGCCCACUGAUUCUCAGAAUUAGCCCAUCUGGCUCCCAUCACAAAUAACCUAGACCAGGUGGCUAAGAACAGAAGUUGGUUUAUAACUCUUCUGGGGACAGCAAAGCUCAGAUCAAGGCACCCAUAGACCCAGUGUUUCCGAGAAACAUUCUGUCCACACACUCAUGUGGGAAAAGUACAGACAAGCUCCCUUGGGCCUCUUAUAUAGGAGCACUAGCCCCAUUCAUGAGAGUUCUACCCCAUGACCUGAUCACCUCCAAAGCCUUCAACAUAAAGACUCCAACAUGAAUCCAGGGACAGAAGCGCUCAGACCAUAACCCCAGCACCACACCCUCAUAACCUCAGGGUAGCGUCAUUCCCCUAGUCCCUUCUCUUGCCUUUUGUACCCUCAUUUCCUUGGGUAAUGUCUGAUGUUUUUGUUCCUGUCAUAAAAAGAUGGGGAGACUGUG